CGAUUCUUCCAACGACAUCCAACUCACAAUGGCUUCACCAACUUACGACUACAUUGUUGUUGGAGGUGGCCUUGCAGGCUGCGUCCUCUCCAGCCGUAUUCGCCAGUACGAUGACGCAGUCAAGAUACUCCUCAUUGAAGCUGGAAAAGAAACGCGUGAGCGCUCGGAUGUGCAUAAUAUGCAGGUUUUGAACUUGGGCAGUGAACUGGACUGGCAGUAUCAGUCAGAACCCGUUGAAGCACUCAUGGGUCGACGCAUCACUCUCAACGCCGGAAAGGGCUUGGGCGGCAGCUCCGCUAUCAACUCAGGUGGCUGGACUCGUGGUGCUGCGGCAGACUACGACGAGUGGGCAGCUCUCGUUGGCGACGAGCGCUACAGCUACAAGGGCCAAUUACCAUGGUUCAAGAAAUCAGAGCUCUGGUUCGAUGACAAGAACCCAGAAGAGCACGGCAAGGAUGGGCCUAUCCGUGUAACUUGCGCCAAGGCAUCCAAUCGCAUGUUCCCUCUUGCUGAGCAAGCCGCUGCUGGAUGGGAAGAGCUUGGCGUUUUAACCUUGCCAGACGGCGAUCAGAACACCGGGGACAACCUUGGGCGUGCUUACAUCUGCGAAGCAAGAUCCGAUGGCAAACGCGAGUGGUCUGCCAAUCAGUAUUCAUUGGAUGGAAUCGAAGUUCGUCUCGAGACUUUCGUGAACCGGGUCAUCAUUCAGAAAAUACAUGGGAAUCUCAAAGCUACUGGUGUUGAGCUGGCCGACAGUAGCGUUGUCAAGGGCCACAACAUAAUAGUCUCCGCUGGUGCAUUCCGCUCUCCCCAGCUCCUUCAGCUCUCUGGUAUCGGCCCGAGUACCCAUCUUGAAACGUUUGGCAUUCAGCCGCUUGUCGAUCUUCCAGAGGUUGGUAAGAACCUAUCCGAUCAUAUGAUAUUCUUCCAGCACUGGCGGCUACGUGACCCUUCUGCUGGACAUACUAUUGGGUCCGCCAAUCCUCUUUUUCAACAACCCCAAUACUCGCAAGGUGUACCUUUUGACUGGAUCGUUAACACCGGUGUUCCCAAAGAGGGACUCGUUAAAGCUAUUGAGAGAGAUGAAGGGGCAAAGCCGAAUGAUUCCAAGCAUGUUCUCCUCGCGAAAGAUAGAACAUUUAUUGAAAACAUCGUCAUGUUUGCCAAGCUUCCGUUUCCUGGCGUCCCCAUGGAUGCAAAGCAUAUUACUAGUGCGUUGGUGAGCUUUCUGCCUACCUCGACAGGCUCUGUGUCAUUGAAGUCUGGGAAGCCUGAGGACCAUCCAAAAGUGAAUCUCAACUACCUCUCCACUGAGGUAGACAAGUAUGUCUUUCGUGAAGGAUUGCGCCAGUUGACGAGAUUCAUGCUAGAUUCCAAAUUCAGUGAUCAGAUUAUCGGAGAAUCUAUUCCCGAAGGACUCCUUGUGGAAGCUCUUGCACCGGAUGAUAGUGAUGAAAAGUUGGAUCAGAGGAUAGCUGUGACUGGCGGCACCUCAUGGCAUCCUUCAGGUACUUGCUCUAUGGGGAAAGUGGUUGAUACAGAGUUUCGCGUCACAGGUGUUGAAGGACUUCGGGUUGUUGACGCAUCAGUGAUCCCUGUGCCACUGAGCGCACAUCUUCAAGCCCCCCUCUAUGCGCUUUCAGAGCAGGCAGCAGCUAUUAUCACUGGGAAGGUUUAGUUCAGUGUAAGAUUGGCAGACAUUGCAGAAGU